AUGCCCAUCUUCAACGUCCUCUCCCAACCCUUCCGUUCCUUACACCUCCCUUCCCCAGGAAGCUUCAAGGGCCAAACCGUUAUCAUAACAGGCGCCAACACAGGCCUCGGUCUCGCAACAGCCCAACACACCCUCAACCUAGGAGCCACAAAGGUAAUCCUCGGCGUACGCACCAUCUCCAAAGGCGAAGAAGCCAAAGCGAAGAUCUUAGCCGAAACCACCAAUCCCAACGCCUCAAUCAAAGUAUGGCAAGUCGAUCUCAACAGCUUCGCUUCAGUCAAAGCAUUCGCAGCACGUGCUGCCAAGCUCGAGAAACUCGACACGGCUAUCAUGAAUGCCGGGCUCGCGACUGGGAAAUGGAAGCUUAGUCCCGAGGGCUGGGAGACGCAUCUCCAGGUUAAUGUGCUGUCGACCGUUCUCCUCAGCCUCUUGCUCCUUCCCACGCUUGUCCGCACCGGGAAGUCCUCGUCCCCGGGUGCUGGGAAGCUACGGCCGCAUUUGACCAUCGUAGGCAGCGAUGUGCAUGCCGAUGCUUCGCUGCCGGAGCGUAAGGAGCCGAAUGUGCUGGCGGCUAUGAACGACGAAGCGAGGUGGGAAGUUUCAAACAGGGCGAAUCCGGCCGAGAGGUAUGCUGCUAGUAAGCUGCUGGGCAUGUACGGCGCGUUCGAGGUUGCGAAAUGCGUGCCGAUGAUUGGAGACGAGCCGGCUGUCGUGGUGGAUGUCGUGGCGCCGGGUUUCUGCAAGUCUGAGUUGCUAAGUCGGGAGCAGGCGCCGUGGAUGCUGGUGGCAGUGCAGAGUCUUACGGGUAGGACCGUUGCUGAGGGUGCGAAGACUGUGGUUGAUGCCGCGUCGAGGGGUGUGGAUGCCCAUGGGAAGUAUCUAGACCAUCAGAAGUUUGCUAAACUUGGACCUUUGAUUGCGUCGGAAGAGGGGCAGCAGACGCAGGUGAAGGUAUGGAGAGAAAUUUUCGAGGUUCUCAAGAAAUCCACCCCGGAAAUUUCAAGCAUAGUUGCUGGAAAUGUUUGA